AGCCAUUUAUUUCAUUUUUGGCGAAUGAUGAGAUCAUCUGUACGCGAUGCCUACAGCAAAAACCUGCGUGGCGUCAUUACUGCUGCGACGUCCGACGUGACCGGUGUGUUGAGAUACCAGUGUGCGUUUUUCAGGGACACACUAUAAACAGAUCAUGGCAGACCUCGGACUAAAAAAGGGGGACAAGGUGCUCUUGGUCUGGAGCCAACCAUCAUCUCCCAUCACACUGAAGGAAUUUGCUGAAAAUAUUGGCACUAUUGUUGGCAGCCAGAGUCUUGUGUCUUUGGAGAACAUGGAGAGACUACAACUUUUUUCUCACUCAGCUUCCAGUUAUGACUGGGUUCUGUCAGGCCUUUUGACGGACAGCUCCCCAAUCCACAGCUCUGAAAUGUUGGCAGAGUUCGCCAAACUUUUGAAACCUGAUGGGAAACUUGUGUUAGAAGAGCCUGUUUCAGGUUCUGAGGACAAUAGUGUAAAAACCGCUGGGAAGUUGAUAUCAGCUUUAAAACUGUCUGGAUUGGUGUCUGUCACAGAGAUAAAGACGGAGCCUCUAAGCCCAGAAGCAAUCACAGCUGUGAAGGAGCGCACGGGUUUUCAAGGAAACUCUCUUUCGAGGGUGCGCAUGUCUGCAUCUAAACCCAACUUUGAGGUCGGUUCCUCUACACAGCUGAAACUCAACUUUGGCAAGAAAGUCACCACAACAGAGAAACCAGCCCUUGAUCCAAGCACUGCUAAAAUGUGGACCCUUUCAGCCAAUGAUAUGGACGAUGAUGAUGUGGAUUUGGUAGAUUCUGAUGCUCUUCUGGAUGCAGAUGAUCUGAAGAAGCCCGACCCAUCCUCUCUCAAGACUUCCUGUGGAGAGGAUUCAACAAAGAAAAAGAAAGCCUGCAAAAACUGCACGUGUGGUCUUGCUGAAGAACUGGAACAGGAGAGCAAAGCUGCCCAAAAAGCCAGUCAGCCAAAAUCAGCCUGUGGAAGUUGUUAUUUAGGAGACGCCUUCCGAUGUGCCAGUUGCCCAUAUUUAGGCAUGCCUGCAUUCAAACCUGGGGAGAAGGUUUUGUUGGCCAACACUGAUAAAGCAGAUGCAUAGACAUUCAUUAGACCUAAAUCCAUUCCGUUCUUAUUCUGCAACAUCAGAGACACACAAAUACACUUCCAGCUGUUAUAAACAGGGACGUUUCUUGUAUAGGUGUUAUUUUUGUCAAUUAAGUACGAUUGUUACCCAUAAUGUAAAUAAAGUUAAAAAGCACUGCUCUGUUGAAAACCUCUCAUUCCAGACUUUAAAUCAGUUUAAAAUUCAAAAUAUAUCCAAAUGGGAUCAAACCACUGAAAAAUCAUACAAUUAUUUGAUAUAUUGAUGUACAGUAUUUAAAGUCUGUGUAGAGUCGGAUAUUUAUGACACCACAGAAGAUGGUGAUAUUUACAACCCAGCCAAAUUUUAAUGAUUAAAUAACGACAAAUAAAUAAAAUAUGUUAUUAGAGUCUUGGAAAACCGGGCAUGAUUUUCUGCUCUCAAACGCUGGGGGCGUGUCCGUUGUCGCACUGAAACCACACCCACUCGGGGGAAAGCUGCCGUCUCUCUUUCAAAUACCGCUACAACCUGAAAGGAUGCACGAGAUUGUGUAAGGGGCGGGGUCAUACUCGGUGACUCCAGUGCGUCAUCAAGCCGCCAUUUUAGCCCCACCUAAAUAAUCUUAAACACAGAAAUGUGGAUACAACUCCACAAUUCAGUACUAUAGUUCAGUGUCUUUGAACGUGUUUAAGCAAUACAUUAUUAACAUUUAUGUUUAGCAAAAAUUAUCUGUAAUGACUUUACACAGACUUAAAAAAAAAACUUUUGUUUUAGCUCCCAUCUUUAUUUAGAAGCAAGAAAUCUUCACAUUGGGUGUAUUUAUUUUAUUUGAAAUUCGGAAACAGCCAUUUCUAUAGUGUAAGAUCAUUUGUUUGAGAUAAAAUAAAACAUUAAAAUAC